UACAAAUUUUCCCUAUUACUAAAUUGUUACGGUCAACAUCAGUUUUUAGCUUUCUACAUAAAUUAACUUUUUAGCCAAUGAGGUCGUGACUUAAGAUCACGUGAUGCUUUCGAACCAAUCAGGGCUCGUAAGCUUUCAUAGCGAAUAUUUUAUGGCGAAGGAGAAGUUCUCGCCAAUUUUUUCAACGAAAUUCUCAAGAUUUUACAUUAGUAUCUUUGUUUCAAGAUGAAACCUCCUAAUAGGAGAAAGGGAGUGAAUGCCCCAUGUUCAUGUACUUGUGGCGCAGCAAACACAACCAAGGAUUCUUCGCGGAAGAAAACUAAACGCCCGAAAGUUGGGGUUUCCACAACUCCUGUACAACAGAGCUCUUUGGGGAUACCAUCUCCUACACCAGAUCAAGUAACACAACAGAUGGGAAAUAACACCACAGAUGCUAGUACUGAGAGCCAUCAUGGCGUGUCGCAUACACUUCCUGCUAUGAAUUCUCAAUCAAUGGCUAGUACGUGUCAAUAUGACUUUCCAAAUCCGUCUACGUCAGAUGCGCCUAAUUAUUCUCCCGGCAAUCCAAUUCCGCAUUUAUCGUCAGCAAUGUCAGACAUGCAAUCCAGUGAUUCGGAUUCGGAUGAAGAUGACGUCCCGUUUGUUCCGUCUUUUCAAGAUGCUAUUUCACAUCAUUCACAUGCAAUUUUAUCAGAUCAAGAAAUUUCAAGCUCUGGCACCUCACAUGGACAAAACUUCUACAUUAAUUCCCCAAGACCUUCUCAUGCUCCGUUCAACAAGGCAGUAUGGCGUCUACUAGACUCAUCUUUAGCGCCAUCUACUAAAUGUGGGUACAAAAAUGCAUUGAAACAUUUCAGGAAUUUCCAUGAUACAUACUAUCCGAGUAUCCCCCUUUUACCGGUUUCUACAGAACAACUUGCACAAUUUAUAGUGGUUUGUGUGAACCGCAACCUAAAAGCUUCAACAAUCAUCUCAUAUACUUCAGCUAUAAGCUAUAUACACACAUUACAUAAUAUGGUUUCCCCAUCCGAAAGCUUUGUUAUCAAGAAGCUGAUACACAGUAUCAGACGUACAACACAUUCAGAUAAACGUCGACCAUUCACUGUCGAUGCUGUACAGAAAAUUGUCACGUCACUUGUUUCUACGGUUUCUGACAAUUUCACACAUAUUCUUAUGCGAGCAAUGUUUUUAUUAGCAUUUUUUGGUCUCUUUCGGGUUGGGGAACUAGCCUAUUCAGUGACAGGUUUCCAAAAUGUACUACAACGGGAAGAUAUAACUUUCCAAAGUAAACAUGGAAAGGUUUCCUACAUAUCUCUCACUAUAAGGAACUACAAACACUCAAAUGGUCAGGUAUCAGUAAUUCCCAUUGCACGUCAACAAAACAAAAGUAUAUGUCCAGUACGCGCUCUGUUACGGUAUUUACGAUUAUCUUCUCAAGGCCAUGGUCAACUAUUCCGGCACAUUGACGGUGCACCGGUCACUACUACAUUCUUCCGUACAGUAUUACGGUCUUGUGUUCUUCAUAACAAGAUGGACCCAAAACUGUAUACAGCACACUCUUUCCGUAUUGGAGGUGCGACCCAUGCUCAUAUGUCACAAAUGCCAGCUUCACAAAUUAAAAAACUUGGCCGAUGGAAAUCCACAGCAUACAUUAAAUAUAUCCGUCCCUCGGCUCUUCCUAUUCACACACGUAAUUAAUUUGUAUCGGAAUUCCUUUUGUCCGCUUUUACCAAUUCAUAAACAUGUCUAGUAUAGACAUAUUGGAAAUUCCUACAUGUUUCAUGAUCUGUCGGUAUAAGGCAGCAGAUCAAAUGAAUUCAUUGGGUAUAACACGUCUUAGUCUCAGACAAACUGAAUGCCAUUACAGUAAUUUUAUAACAACUGACAGUGUAAGGCUGCAGUUAUAGUAUGGACUAUUUUUCUGACGGUUCUAGGCCGCAGUUUGUUCAUAUGUAUCCUAAUUGCAAUCAUACAAUUUUUGCCAUGUCUUAAUCUAGUCAUAGUUAAUAUUUGUAUUUAUGCUUUAUGCCUGACGGUAUAAGGCCGCAGGUUAUGCAUUUUUGAGGUAUCAAAUUUGUAUUUUACCUCAUCAAUUAGGAUCUCAGUUUGAUAUUUGUUUUAGAAUAUAUGUACAUAUUGUAACAACAUUCUGAUCUAUUUUUCUGACGGUUCUAGGCCGCAGUUUGUUCAUGUGUAUAUUAAUGACAAUCAUAAAAGUUUUGCCAUUUCUUAACCUAGUCAUAGUAUAAUACUUGUCUUUAUGCUGCAUACCUGACGGUUUAAGGCCGCAGGUUAUGUGUUUUGCGGUAUAAAAAAUGUAUUUUACCGCGCUCACCAAUUAGGAUCUCAAUUGUUAUUUGUUUUAGAAUAUAUGUACAUAUUGUAACAAUAUUGUUAGUGCUAUGCUUCCUACUGUUUAUAUACUUUUAAAGAUGAUUGCAGUCACAGUGUAUACAUCUGUUUUUAUUGAAUGACGGUAUCUAGUGAUUCUAUGAUUUCAAGUCACUGCUUAUACCCUUUAAAUGCAUAUGUUUUAUUAUCUGUGUUAGGAUAAACUACUGACAGUAUAAGGCUGCAGUUAAAACAUAUUGCCAAAAGGUGAUGACAUUACAUUGCAUUUUACCACAGUAUUGUUUGUUAUAUCUAGGAUGUGAUCUUGCCACAUAUUUGUAAACUGACAGUUUCAGGCUGCGAUUUACAUGGUCUCAUAUCAUUUGGAGUUUAUAUUAUUAUAUCACCAUUAU